UGGAAGCAAGCAUUUGUCUGUUGUUUAAAUGCAGAUGCCAUAAACACACUAGCGACAUCGGCGUGCUAACGAAUGGCAUCCCUGCCAAGUCUUCUUGGUGUUGCUCCAGAAGCCCCAGGCUGCUUGCCACGCUCCCGCUGAUCCCUCUCCCCAUGCUGACCUCCACGCUCCCGCUGAUCCCUCUCCCCAUGCUGACCUCCACGCUCCCGCUGAUCCCUCUCCCCAUGCUGACCUCCACGCUCCCGCUGAUCCCUCUCCCCAUGCUGACCUCCACGCUCCCGCUGAUCCCUCUCCCCAUGCUGACCGCCACGCUCCCGCUGAUCCCUCUCCCCAUGCUGACCGCCACGCUCCCGCUGAUCCCUCUCCCCAUGCUGACCGCCACGCUCCCGCUGAUCCCUCUCCCCAUGCUGACCGCCACGCUCCCGCUGAUCCCUCUCCCCAUGCUGACCUCCACGCUCCCGCUGAUCCCUCUCCCCAUGCUGACCUCCACGCUCCCGCUGAUCCCUCUCCCCAUGCUGACCUCCACGCUCCCGCUGAUCCCUCUCCCCAUGCUGACCUCCUUUGCCCCAGCCUGCCGUCUCACCUAAGUGCCGACGGGGAUUUCGCCCCCCUGCCCAGAGGGCCUUCCCUGGCACGGGGAUCUUCAGACCCCACACUCUGUCCUUC